AGGUUGGAACCUACAAACGAAGAAGAAGGCCGUCUGGAAGUGGCCACAGGUUCCGAAACGAGAUACUUAUCCGAAGAGUCGAGAGAUUUGGGCGACUCGGAUGUGGAUUUGGACUCGGCCGUGAAGCAGCUCCAGGAGUUCAUCCCCGACAUCAAGGAAAGGGCCGCCACCACCAUCAAGAGGAUGUACCGGGAUGACUUAGGGCGGUUUAAGGAAUUCAAGGCACAGGGUGUCGCUAUUAGAUUUGGCAAGUUUUCUGUAAAGGAAAAUAAGCAGUUAGAGAAAAACGUGCAAGAAUUUCUGUCCCUGACCGGAAUUGACAAUGCGGACAAGCUGCUGUACACAGACAGAUACCCAGAGGAGAAAUCUGUGAUCACCGACUUGAAAAGAAAAUACUCCUUUAGACUGCACAUCGGGAAGGGCAUUGCCCGGCCCUGGAAACUCGUUUACUAUCGAGCAAAGAAGAUGUUUGAUGUCAACAACUACAAGGGCAGGUACAGCAAAGGAGACAUGGAGAAGUUAAAGAUCUACCACUCCCUGCAUGGAAAUGACUGGAAGAAGAUUGGCGGGAUGGUGGCUCGAAGUAGCCUCUCUGUUGCCCUGAAGUUCUCCCAGAUCAGCAGCCCGAGAAACCACGGUGCUUGGAGUAAGACGGAAACCCAGAAGCUAAUCAAGGCUGUGGAAGAAGUGAUUCUAAAGAAAAUGUCUCCCCACGAGUUACAGGAGAUGGGUUCUAAGCUCCAAGAGAACCCCGACGGCCGCCUGUCUAUUGUCAGGGAAAGUCUCUACAAGGGCAUUUCUUGGGUAGAAGUAGAAGCCAAAGUAGAAACCAGAAAUUGGAUGCAGUGUAAAAGUAAGUGGACGGAAAUUCUAACCAAGAGGAUGACGAAUGGUCGGGAUGUGUACCGCGGAGUGAAUGCCCUGCGGGCCAAAAUCAACCUGAUCGAAAGGUUGUAUGAAAUAAACGUGGAAGAUGCUAACGAAAUAGACUGGGAAGAUCUUGCUAGUACCAUAGGUGAUGUCCCGCCGUCCUACGUUCAAACUAAGUUUUAUAAGCUGAAAGCUACCUGUGUUCCCUUUUGGCAGAAGAAGACUUUUCCAGAGAUCAUAGACUACCUUUACGAAACCAGUCUGCCUCUGCUUAAGGAAAAGUUAGAGAAGAUGAUGGAGAAAAAAGGUGCUGAAAUCCAGACUCCCGCGGCACCCAGGCAGGUGUUCCUACUCCGAGACAUCUUUUAUUGUGACGACACCAGUGAGGAAGAAGACGGGGAGGAGAAGAAUUAAGGGGAGGACACUGUGCCUUGGGCACCCCUCCAGGUGUCGUUGGAUUUCUUUGCAAUGGGGCGGAGAACCUGUUUCCAGGACUGAUGUUUAGGAGAGAGAGAAGGAGCCAUGGCCACAGGAAGGGGAUGACGAUACCUUGCGUGGCGGAGCAUUCCAUGGUGAUUCGCACACUCACGCUCUAGUGCAUUUGAGCGUGCAGGGAAAGAGGCGCGUAAGAGUUGACUUAAUGCUUCCGUGCCGUUGGACAUAAUCACAACGAACGGUUUUCAUAAAACCACAGUAUCCCCGGUCCCUCUCGCGGCAGAGGGUGUGGAGUCACGGCCCAUGAACAGUUCGUGGUAAGGAUUUCAAUGUACACGCUCGGCCUAAAGGGGAACGCUACCAGUUUUCGUCAACGUGCCUGCCGGCUUGCCUUCUGUCUUCCCAGUUGUUACUCUGUGUGCUCAGUGUGCGUGAGUAUCAGGUGUGUGUUAACAGGGAGUUGUGGACCCGCUGGGCUCCCAGACUGGCUUCACUUCGCAUGUCCCUGCCUUCGUGGGCGGGCCUCUUCCUGAGUGAGUUAAGUGCUCAAGGGUAUGUAUUGUGCAUACAAGCUGCGUUCUCAAAGCCACUGAAUUCACCUGGUGUCCAACUGGAAAGAAACCAAAACCCCAAACCCAGCAGACUCUUCCACUGCUUCCGGAAAAUCCGGUUCUGUGAGAUUUUUGGAGGGCUGCUGUGUGGGUCUGAGGCACAGCUCACACCCUGCAGGGUUUCAAGGAUAGUUUUGAGUGUUGGGCCAUUCUGUCCGCCAGGAAAGCAAAACCAUUACAGAGAGUUGGAACAGAGGAUUCAACCUAGGGAUUUAGGUUACAGCGUUGUUAAGCAGGAUCGAAGACGCGAACGGGAAGGCUGGAUUCCCGAGCAACGAGUGACUGAGGGGAGGCGGUUGUGGCCCUGCUAACGUGCCCUGUCCCCGUGCUGCCUGGGUUGUCUCCUGCUGCUGCCCUGGCGGGACCCUGUGUCUCCUCAGAACAGAGCAGCUGCUGCCUCGCUCCUGCCUUCCAUCGUCUCCCUCUCCUCCAGCCCCUCGGCAGAACCCUGCUGGCCCGGGGAGUGGGGUUCCAGGCUUCUAGCCGCACCCGUACUGGGGAGGACGUAAGAUGAGGGUGAACAGCGUCCCAUGCAGCGACGUCGCCAUCUACGCCAAGACAGAACUGCACUGUCUCCUGAGCAUUCUCUCCAAUGUUAUGACUCUAGCAUCGCGACGUGUGCUGUUGGUUAAUUCAUCCGUGAAGCCAGACCUUUGCCCAAAGCUACCCUACCUGGAGAAGGAAGAAUACAGACACAAGUCUGGGAGUCUGGUCACCACUGUAUCCCCGGCACCUGUCCCACUAUGGUGCAAGUAAGGAACACUCCGUAAAUGCUCAGCAAACAAAUGACUGUUUCCUUUGGGCAAGCGUUUUACCUUUACUCCUACCUGGCAGACACACCGUCUCCAUGCUGACGGGAACACAAGUUCCUUUCAGAGGACGGUCGGGUAAAAGACAUCAGAGCCUUAAGAAUGUACACAAACUAAGAUCCGGCAAUUCACUUCUAGAAUGAAAAGGACUGGUGCAUGAGAAGGGCACCUUUAUGAUUUGAAAUGGAAAACCAUGUAAAUGUUCCUUAAUGGGAAUUUGUUACUGUAUAUUCCUAGAAUGGGAUGGUAUCCGAUAAUUAAAAACGAACAUGAUAGAGUGGA